AUGAUGUUUGAUCACAGGAGUCGAUCUAGUUGUCGAAAGCGGUUGUCGCAUGCCUCGAAGAUUUCACCAACAAAUUUCUUGGAUGAUCCUCGCCAGAAAGCCUCAUCAAGGCUUCGUUGGAUUAGAAGUAGCCUUAACCGUAAAUCCGCUUUUGCUACGCGCCAUGCCCUUCGCGGGGUAGGGAUGAAAGCUAGGGAGUCGCGCGCAAAAUCAGCCAUUGUGGAGUACUUUAGUGGAAGUGGCACUCUCACAAGGAAGCGAUAA